AUGUAUGAGUCCUUCACUCUCUCUCAGCCUGUACUGUAUGAGUCCUUCACUCUGUCUCUCAAUCUAUAUUGUAAGAAUGUCACUCUGUCUUCAGUCUGUCCUUAUGAGUGCUUCAAUUUGUCUCUCAGUCUGUCCGCUAUGAAUCCUUCACAUCUGAAUCUUAGUCUGUCCUGCAUGAGUCCUUCACUCUCUCUCUCAGCCUGUAUUGUAUGAGUCCUUCACUCUGUCUCUCAAUCUAUAUUGUAAGAAUGUCACUCUGUCUUCAGUCUGUCCUUAUGAGUGCUUCAAUUUGUCUCUCAGUCGGUCCGCUAUGAAUCCUUCACAUCUGAAUCUUAGUCUGUCCUGCAUGAGUCCUUCACUCUGUCUCUUUUCUGUCCUGCAUGUGUCCUUCACUCUGUAUCUCAGUCUGUACUCGAUUAACCCAUUACUCUGUGAUUGUCUCUCAGUCUGUUCUGUUUGAGUUCUUCACUCUGUCGCUCAGUGUCUCAAGUACGAGUCCUUCACUCUGUCUCUCAGUCUGUAGUGGUACUGUAUGAGACCUUCACUCUGACUCUCAUUCUGUCCAGUAUGAGUCCUUCACUCUGUCUCUAUCUGUCAUGUAUGAGUUCUUCACUCUGUCUGUCCUGUAUGAGUCCUUCACUCAGUGUCUAAGUCUGUCCUGUGUGAGUCCUUCACUCUAUCUCUCAGUCUGUCCUGUAUGAGUCCUUCACGCUGUCUCUUAAUCUGUCCUGUAUGAGUCCUUCACUCUGUCUCUCAGUCUGUCUAGUAUGAAUCCUUCGCUCUGUAUCUCAGUCUGUCCUGUAUGAGUCAUUCACUCUGACUCUCAAUCUGUUAUGUAUGAGUCCUUCACUCUCUCUCUCAGUCUGUCCUGUAUGAGUCAUUCACUCUGACUCUCAAUCUGUUAUGUAAGAAUUUCACUCUGUCUUCAGUCUGUCCUUAUGAGUGCUUCACUCUGUCUCUCAGUCUUUCCGCUAUGAAUCCUUCACAUCUGAAUCUUAGUCUGUCCUGCAUGAGUCCUUCACUCUGUCUCUCAGUCUGUCAUGUAUGAGUCCUUCACUCUGUCUUUCAGUCUAUGCUGUGUGAGUCCUUCACUCUGUCUCUCAGUCUGUCUGGUAUGAAUCCUUCACUCUGUAUCUUAUUCUGUCCUGCAUGAGUCCUUCACUCUGUCUCUCAGUCUGUACUCGAUUAACCCAUUACUCUGUGAUUGUCUCUCAGUCUGUUCUGUUUGAGUUCUUCACUCUGUUGCUCAGUCUCUCCGGUACGAGUCCUUCACUCUGUCUCUCAGUCUGUACUGUAUGAGUCCUUCACUCUGUUUCUCAGUCUGUCCUUUAUGAGUCCUUCACUCUGUCGCUCUGUCUAUAUUGUAUUGGUUCUUCACUCUGUCUCAGUCUGUCCUGUAUGAGUCCUUCACUCUGUCUCUUAGUCUGCUCUGUAAUAGUCCUUCACUCUGUCUCUCAGUCUGUCCUGUAUUAGUUCUUCACUUUGUCUCUCAGUCUGUCCUGUAUAAGUCCUUCACUCUGUCUCUCAGUCUGUACACUAUGAGUCAUUCACUCUGUCUCUCAGUCUGUCUUUUAUGAGUCCUUAACUCUGUCUCUCAGUCUGUACACUAUGAGUCAUUCACUCUGUCUCUCAGUCUGUCUUUUAUGAGUCCUUCACUCAGUCUCUCAGUCUGUCCUGUAUGAGUCCUUCAUUCUGUCUCUCAGUCUGUCCUGUAUGAGUCCUUCACUCUGACUCUCAGUCUCUCCUGUAUGAGUCCUUCACUCUGUCUCUCAGUCUGUACACUAUGAGUCCUUCACUCUGUCUCUCAGUCUGUCUUUUAUGAGUCCUUAACUCUGUCUCUCAGUCUGUCCUGUAUGAGUGCUUCACUCUGUCUCUCAGUCUUUCCUGUAGGAGUCCUUCACUCUGUCUCAAAAACUGUACUGUAUUAGUCCUUCACUCAGUCUCUCAGUCUGUCCUGUAUGAGUCCUUCAUUCUGUCUCUCAGUCUGUCCUGUAUGAGUCCUUCACUCUGACUCUCAGUCUCUCCUGUAUGAGUCAUUCACUCUGUCUCUCAGUCUGUCCUAAAUGAGUCCUUCACUCUGUCUCUCAGUCUGACCUGUAUGUGUCCUUCACUCUGUCUUAAACUGUACUGUAUUAGUCCUUCACUCUGUAUCUGAGUCUGUCCAGUAUGAGUCUCUCAGUCUUUCCUGUAUGAGUCCUUCACUCUGUCUCUCAGUCUAUCCUCUAUGUGUACUUCACUCUGUCUCUCUAUCUGUCAUGUAUGAGUCCUUCACUCUGUCUCUCAGUCCUUAUUGUAAGAGUUUUAUUCUGUCUUUCAGUAUGUCCUGUAUGAGUCCUUCACUCUGUCUCUCACUCUGUCCGGUAUCACUCCUUCACUCUGUAUCUUAGUGUGUCCUGCAUGAGUCCUUCACUUUGUCUCUCAGUCUGUCCUGUAUGAGUCCUUCACUCUAUCUUUCAGUCUGUCUAGUAUGUGUCCUUCACUCUGUCUCGCAGUCUGUCAAGUAUGCGUCUUUCACUCUGUCUCGCAGUCUGUACUGUAUGAUUCCUUCACUCUGUGAGUGUCUCUCAGUCUCUACUUAGUGAGUCCUUCACUCUGUGAGUUUCACUCAGUCUGUACUUUUUGAGUCCUUCACUCUGAGUGUCUCUCAUUCUGUACUGUAUGAGUCCAUCACUCUCUCAGUCUGUACUGUUAGAGUCCUUCACUCUGUGAGUGUCUUCCAGUCAAUGCUGUAUGAGUCCUUCACUCUGUGAGUCUCUCUCAGUCUGUACUGUAUGAGUCCUUCACUCUGUGAGUGUCUCUCAGUAUGUACUGUAUGAGUCCUUCACUCUGUGAGUCUCUCUCAGUCUGUACUGUUUGAGGACUUCACUCUGUGAGUGUCUCUCAGUCUGUAUUGUAUGAGUUCUUCACUCUGUCUCCGCUGUACGAGUCCUUCACUCUGUGA